UUGCAUUGUGCAAAACAUCUGAAGUUUAAUUUUUAAUUUGUAUUUAGUGUUAUUCUAUAUCUUUAUUAUAAAACAUUAGAUUUCGGAUUUGCAAUCUCAUUUUAGUCAGCCUCAUAAACAGAAUCAUGUAGAUGAGUAAUAAAAGAACACCAAGUUUUAGACUAGCUGUUGAUGGUGAGAGUAAAGAAACACUAGACUGUUUAAGUAGGAAAGACAAAACUACGUUUUUUCAAGUGAUGGUGCGUGCAGUAGCCCGAAAUUUUUUGACAGAUGACGUAGAAAGACAGUAUUAUGCAGAUAGAUAUAAUUGCUGUCCACCGCCGAUUUUUGUUCCAGUAAUAACACUUGUAGAGGUAGCCUUAUUUGCUUAUUACUGUGUAGAGAAUGGUAAUAUUAAUCAUAAUGGACCAUUACCAGUAGAGAGUGUGCUUAUCUACAGACCAGAUAAACGAGUAGAAUUUUGGAGGUUUCUAUGUUAUACCUUCAUACAUGCAGGAUGGGUACAUUUAAUUUUCAACAUGGUAGUCCAGAUAGCUGUUGGGAUUCCUUUAGAAAUGAUACAUGGAUGUCUUAGAACUGGUAUGGUGUAUAUGUCAGGAGUUUUAGCAGGUUCCCUGGGAACAUCAGUAUUUGAUAUGGAAGCAUACUUGGUCGGUGCUUCUGGAGGAGUAUAUGCAUUACUAGCAGCUCAUCUAGCUAACAUUGUUUUGAAUUAUUCAAAUAUGGAACUUGGCAUCUUGAAAUUGGCAGCAGUAUUGAUAAUUGCGAGUGCGGACGUUGGGUUUGCUAUAUGGGACCGGUAUUCUUCAGAAGUCACAGACGCACCCGUUGGUUACACAGCCCAUCUGAUGGGAGCUUUAGCAGGACUGACAAUAGGGCUUGUAGUACUGAAGAAUUUUGAACAGAAACUCCACGAUCAGUACAUUUGGUGGAUUGCAUUAGCAGUCUAUCUAGGUUGUAUUGUGUUCGCUAUUUGUUGGAAUGUGUUGUAUUAUUGAUAAAAGUGUAGGUUUUUUGUCUUUAAACGAAAUGACAUAUCAGACCGCAUAAAUUAGCAGUAUUUAGAAGACAAACAGAAGAUGUUUUAUAAAGUCAGACUUGUUUUCGAUUCGUUCGAAAGACGAUUCCGGUGAGGAUACAAGUACAGAAAUUUAAUGUUGAAAUAUAAAUUGUUAUGAAAUAUGUAACUUUACCAAAGAGACACUACUUAUAUGUAAAAUAAGUUAAGUGCGAUACAAUAAUAUAUUUAUCAAAGGUUUAUGUAGUUGAAUAAAGCUAUUUAGGAUAGCUUUAGUACACGUUGAUAAUUUUACUUAUAUUCAUAUGAUCACAUUUUUUAUGGUAAUUUUAGAACCUUAUAUUCAUGGUUCACUGAUAUUCAACAAAAAGCCUUUAUUUGUUUUGAUGAUUUCAACCGUUUUAUGGUUAUGGAUUUCAAAUCAUUUGAACUUUAUCAGAUCUGACAGUUAAAUUUUCACAUUUAAAACGUCUUUGGCUUUAAAUAUUUAAAAUUAAAAUGUCGAGAGAGUUCAUAAAUACUGUGUAGAGCAAGAGAUGCAUUGAUGGAAUCGGUUUCUUUAAUUUAAAAAUAAUCAGCCUUUCGGGAAAAGUAUAAUCAAAUAAGUAGUAGAUAAAUGUAUAUAUUCUACCUCUGCAUCGAAUUUUAUGCGAUAAUUUAUCCUAUCGAGACCGUUUAAUUUUUAAAUUAAAUUGUCGAGAGUGGAGAAAUGUCAUCGCAAGAAAUGGGGUGGUUGAAUCUGUUAUGAUUAUAGGCGAUAUGUCGGCAAACUUUAUCUUUCUUUUUCAAGGAUUAUCAUAAUGUUCGUGUUCUUUUUGUAAGACGUCUUAAGGCAUGGUCACCUUUUUCGUGGCCUUACAGUAACGAAAUCAGAGGAAAGCAAGACUUUGACAUCGUAAUUAAAUCUUAUAUAAUAAAUAACAGAAAUGAAGCGAAGCACACGUUGGUAUUACGAAGACGAAGUCCUGAAUAACAAUCAGACAAUCAAAACCAAAACAUAUCAAUAUACUAGUGAAUUCAAAACUUCAUUCUCACAUGCGAAUUACCCUGUUGGUGAAGGCUGUCGUGUUGUAAAGCAUACGAUUUUCCCGCAAAUUUGUAUAUCUGAUUACCAAGUUAUACAGACUUCGGAUGGAGAGUUGUCUCAUUGGCACUCAUACCACAUCUUCUUAUUCAUAUUUGUUCUCUUUUAAAGUUAAAAUCUGCCUUAUAUUAAUAAAAAUAACUAUUCUAAAAAAGUAUAAAUAUGUUAAGAUUUAGAGAAAUGUAAUAGCUAUUGAUUUUGGGAAUGAUCUCUUCCGCUUUGAGUAAAAUUUGAUAAUUUAUUUUGAUAGGAAAUUUCAACUGAUUGUAUUUUCUGCUCUCCUGUUUCUAUUAGAUUUAAUCAAGCAGUGGUUUCAUUUCAGCAGCACGUUACAAGGAUUUUAAGGGACCAAUGUACUUUUAUGUUCCAUUAUUCUAUAAUACCGAAAAUAGCGAUUAACCGCCCGAUUUCAAUCAUAAGUAUAUAUGAACCCAAUUUUUUGUGGAAUCAGUAUUAAGUUACCUAUCAUUAGAUACCAGAAGAGACUGUGAGUUAACUUGAAGUGGCUGCAUCUUUCCCUAAUUAUAAAAAUAAAUAUGACUUUAAACCUUUCCAAUCAGUGCAAAAUAAGCUAUCUUCUGACAUCAGAAAUUACUUUUUAUAUCACAAAUUACUAUUUUACUCAUUUUCUUAUCAACAAAUGUGAAUUCAGCGGUGGGAAGACCUUUAAUUGUUCUUUGAACAAUCGGGUUUUAAUUCUCAUAUGGAUUUUAUUUCUUCAGAAAGCUUAUAUCUUGUAUCUUGCUAAUUUUAAAGUUUAAUUUAAAGAUCAUAUGUUUUAAAUGUAGUUGAGUGUUAUAAUACAUUGUCAUCAAAGGAAAAUUAAUUUACAUUGAUUAAUUGAUAUUUGUUUCUGAAUCCGUUUUAUGCUUUUCUGACAAAAUCUUUUUUAAUUUGUUGUUAUUAAGUUGUAUGUUUUGUUAGAUAAACUAUUAAUUUCGCAUUUUUCUGUUCUUUUGACUGCUUAUAGAAAGUAUUUCAGUGGUAAUUCAAUGUUUUCGCAGGUUUUAACUCAAAGGAUUGUAUUUGACAUUUACUGAUAAAUAUAGGAUGUAUUUAUACAAAGCAAAAAUAAGAAUCGAAAAUUCUUAUUUUUCCAUUUUCAUAUUUUAUAAAUAAAUAAUAUGUUAUGCUA